UUAGUCGUUAUCUGGUCAAGGUUCACUGGUACAGAAUCGACCCCAGUCGCAGCUGCGGGUGCUGGUGACAAUUCGCAUGGGCGAGUUCAAAUCGCCGACUACUCGACCACCAGUUCACCAUCGCUGCGAUCUAUGGGUGACCCUGGUGGGUCAGCCGUCAUCGAUCAUCCCAGCCUCGUGGAUAGUCCCCUUUGUGGUAUGAAUUCAGGUUCACGUCAACAGUCUGCCUAGCCUCCCAGGCUUCUCCACCAUGUCUCCACUGUCUCCUGCACCGCUGGCGCACCCGAGCGCAGGCAGUCACUUGGUGCUCCCUCACUAUUUCGCUACCUCUAGCAGCCUUUCGACUACCGUUCUUACACCAGCUUCUACCGCAGUCUGCGGGACCUCUGCCGGACUGUUUGUUGCCGUCGUCGCACUGCUCAGUUGGAAAUGGAGAUGCUGGGACCAAGGUGCGCCUCGAGAACAACCUCGUCACCGCAGGGUCCUGACCAAAAAAGCAAAACCGCCCUCUUCUGAGGCGGAGAUGGCGUCGGCAUCGAGUGCCACGACCAACACAUGUCGGCCCAUUGUUACAGACGCAGCUACUACCGAUAAGGACCAGAGUGUAGAUGCAGCAACAGUGAUUCAUCCAACUUUGCCUUCAAGAUUUCCUCCCGCUGUCCAUCUACACAGAGGUCUCUCAUACAAAGCAUCGACUAUUACUUCUUCAUCGGUUUACUCGACACAAAGCGGAGAGGAACAUCAGGUCCAGGUACCUCCGUCAGUUAUCGUUGCAGCUCUUGGUCCACACCUGGAGCAAGGCCUCUCAGCUGAUUACCAGGGCCUAGCCUUGACGCGUCGCCCAACCUACGGGAGUAGCCAACUGGCAGCAAUCUCCAAAACGCCAAAUGAAGCAGGCCUCUCCCCGCAGAUGAACCGCUUGUCGCAUCUCAGUGCUGAAUCUUUAUAUCUCAAUAUGCAGCUUGUGGAUCCAGCUUUGAUGACGGUUCCGAUUGGACUUGCCUACGGUGGGGAAUAGGACUGUUACUGACACAUACUUGUACGAUAUAUGCAACGCAUUCAGGACACUUGACAGAAGCAUUUAGUACUGCCACAGGUGCUUCAUUAUUCGGGGCUUACUUCCCUAUUUACACACCUAGCGCAGUGGACUGUAUUUGACGAAAGUGCUCAAGCAUAGAUUUGUAGCCAAUGAA